UCCCGUGGUUUUGUGCCGGGGGCCGUAAUGGGUAUGGGUACAUUGAACAAAGCGCAACAAAGCGUCCCAAAGCGUUCUUGUCGUCUGGUCGUCGUCGGUUCUUGAUUAUCACGUUAAUUAACCGAUCGUUUCGAUUGUUAAUUAAAGAGACCGAUACUAGUUUUAAUUCGGCGUAAUAGAAAGGCAGGAACGCCGUGGAAACGAUGAAACGCUCAAAGCCACCAGGUUCUGCCAGAAAGAGGGUCAACAACCUGAAUUAUGGUUCCACGAAGGACCCAGUCCAGGUGUAUUGUCGCUUGCGACCGAUGCAAUACCCAUCUGAUACUUGCAUGCGAAUUAUCUCUGAUACAACCCUGACUGUAAGAAUGCCCGAAUCGGUUGCGAGCCUCCGGAACGGUAAUGCUAGCAAAGAGAUACGAACAACAUUCAGUCGAGUAUUCGAACCUGAGACCACGCAAAAGGAGAUAUUCGACGUUGUAGCUCUGCCAUUAAUAGAGAACAUAAUUAGAGGUAGGAACAGUUUGCUGUUCACUUACGGAGUCACCGGUAGUGGUAAGACAUACACAAUGACCGGCGACUCGUCGGAUCCUGGAAUAAUGCCCCGAUGCCUGGACGCAUUGUUUAACAGCGUCGCGAAUCAUCAGACGAAGAAGUUCGUCUUCAAGCCAGAUAAGUUAAACGGUUUCGAUAUACAGAGCGAGGCAGACGCGAUGCUGGAUAGACAGAGUGAGUUGCAUGCCGGGCUGUAUUCCCAGAAAGCUUCCAGGUUCGCAAGACAAGCCAGCGAUCCAUUAUUAAUGAUUAAUCGUUCGAGGAACGAGUCCAGGAGUAUCCAAGUGGAUCAGGAUAGUUUGUACGCUGUUUUUGUGACAUACGUGGAGAUAUAUAAUAACAGUGUUUACGAUUUAUUGGAGGAGGAAGACGAAAGCCGAGGAGGUAACCCCGGCAGGCCGCUGCAAAGUAAAAUCGUACGGGAGGACGGUAACAAGAACAUGUAUGUCCACGGCGUAACGGAGAUCGAGACGAAGAGCACGGAGGAAGCAUUGGAGGUAUUCCAAAGAGGUCAACGUCGCCGGCGAGUAGCACACACCUCCCUGAACGUCGAGUCCAGCCGUUCCCACAGCGUCUUCACAAUCCGUCUGAUUCAGGCGCCGCUUGAUCAGCUUGGCGAACAAAUAAUACAGGAUAAACGAGUGGCAACGGUGGCCCAACUAUCACUGGUCGACCUAGCCGGCAGCGAGAGGAUCAACAGGACCAAGAACACCGGGCAGCGGUUGAGAGAGGCCGGGAACAUCAAUAAUUCGUUGAUGACCCUGCGGUCCUGUUUGGAGAUACUCCGGGAGAAUCAGCUGACCGGUUCUAAUAAGAUAGUGCCUUACAGAGACUCGAAGCUCACGCAUCUGUUCAAGAAUUACUUUGACGGCGAUGGACAGGUGCGGAUGAUAAUCUGCGUGAACCCGAGGUCGGAGGACUACGACGAGACCCUCCACGUGUUGAAAUUCGCGGAGAUCACGCAGGAGAUUCAAACCAGCAAACCGGCGGCGAUCGGGAGAAUCGAAUUGGGCCUGGUUCCAGGCCGGGGGAAACCAUUGAAGGUUCAGGCGAAGGAACCGAUUUAUUCGUUGGCCCCCGCGUUCCCGGAGUUCGAACUGAACGAUGCGAAGAACGACGAGGUUCUGAGUAGAUUGAUAAGAUUCCUGGAACAGAGGAUAGAGAAGAGGGAUCAACUGAGGACGGAUUUGAACGGGAAGAGGGACGAGUUUCGCAAGACUUUGACGAACGUCGAGAGGGAGCAGAUGGACCUUAGGAUCGAGAACUCGACCCUGAAAGCGACGAACGUUCAGCAGAAGCGUAAAUUGGACGCUUUAGAAGGGCACCUAGGUAAAACUGAGGAGCAGAAGGAGAAUCUCCAGAGGAAACUCGAGAAGGCGAAUGAGACGAUCAGGAAUUUACAGUCCGAAUUGAAAGAGAGGGAUCUGGCGUUGAAUCAGCGUCUCAUUGAUAAGCAGAGGGUGAAGCAGCGUUACAAUCACAAGAUGCAGGCAGAGACCGAUAAGAUGAACAAGGAAUUAGAGAUGAAGCUUCGGCAGCAGCGGGAACAGUUGCAAAAUCAGAUGAAGGAGAAGGAGGAUAAAUGGAGGCUCGUCAAACAGAUUUUAGUCGAUGAGAAAACUGAGAUUACGGACGUGCCGAGAGAAGUUGGAAAAGAGAGUAGAGGCAGAAGAGACAGAGCCUGUUUGGUCGGUAACAAGAGGUACAGACGUUCGCAGAGCGCCGACAGAUGGGUCGACCAUCGGCCGGGUGCAAUCGUGCCCGUCGGAACAGUGCUGCAGCCGCUUAUGAGGCGGAGGAGGAGCAUCACGAAGUUGACCAGUCCGAAAGAGAUCACCGAGGGCGCCUCGAGGUACUGUUUAGUUGCCCAGGAGUUUGACACCGACGGGGAAUUGGAGACGAAGCUGUUCAAGGGCGAUAUAAUCCCGACGAGCGGCGGUGGAGCACAAGUCGUGUUCAACGAUAUGGAGUGCCUUAAGCAGAGUUCGCCGAUCGCGAGGAAACGAAGCGGGGAGCAUAGCGAGGAAAGUAAGGAGAAGAGGAGCGACGAUUUAGGGGAGAAGAGACCGCGUAAAGGCUCCCCUUGAUUCAUCGGACAAUUAUAACGCUCGAUGAACUACAGAUUUCAUUUUUAUAUAUCUACUUCGAUAUUUAAAAUUAGUCGUUCCGACCGGUUUCACGUAGUUCCGAUAUCAAUCGAUUUGUACAUUUCUAAUCGAGAGUUAUUUAAUUACACGUACGUACAGAUCCGCGUGUAACUGUUUACGUACGUACGUGUCUCAGAUCUAUUUUUAUAGUAUUUAUACCUUUUUUAUACGCUCUUUUUAUACGCACGUUUUACCAUGUAAUAUUGUAAUAGUAGCAAACAGUAUUUUAUACAUUACUUCGAUUAAUAAUAAUUGUAGUUAAUCUAAUAAUAAUGCGUGCUUAAAAAAUAUGCACGGCGAUCGCUUUGUAUUUUAAUUGUAUUGAUUAAAUCCGCGGAGAUAUAAAACUUUGCAGACACUUAGGCAAGACCUUCUCGACGAUAUUUGACAAGUUUAAUUAAAUUCCCUUCGUUAGAACGGUCUCACGUAGAUCGACUCCAAGGAUCGCAAAAUAAAUCCCAACGCCAAAGGGAA